AUGUCGAAGGCUUUGGACAGUCUAACUCCAAGACUGCAACGAAUGAAACUACGAAUGGUGAGAUACGAUUAUAGCAUCGUGUACAAACAGGGAAAGCAGCUUAUAAUUGCAGAUGCAUUAUCCCGUAGCCCCAUACCCGAACAGGGAAAUGAAGAAUUGACCGACGAGAUUGAGGCUUACGUUCAAAAUAUUAUCGACACAUUUCCUGCAUCUGAUAAACGGUUAUCGGAAAUCGUGUAUUUACAAGAGAGAGAUCCAAUUUGCAAAACGUUGAUGAGAUAUUGCGAAGAGGGUUGGCCGAAGAAAAACGAAAUACCCGAGAAAAUACGAAGAUAUUGGGAGCACAGAAACUCAAUUACUCUCCAAAAUAACAUUUUAUUUAAAGAUUCCAGGAUUAUAAUUCCAGAAAAGCUUCAAGGAGAAAUAUUGAACAGGUUACACGAAGGCCAUCUUGGAAUAACAAAGUGUCGAGCCCGAGCUCGAGAGUCUGUUUGGUGGCCAGGCUUAUCGGCGAACAUUGAGAAAUUGAUUGCGAACUGCUCAAUAUGCAUCCAAUACCAAAAGUAUCAUAAAGAGCCUCUUAUCCCAAGCGAAUUUCCUGAGAGACCUUGGCAAAUUGUAGGGGUAGAUCUUCUAAAACUAAAAAGCCAUUGGUAUCUCAUAAUGGCUGACUACUUUUCAAGAUAUUUUGAAGUUGCCAGAUUGGAGGAAUUGUCGUCGUCGUCAGUAAUUAACCACAUGAAAUCAAUUUUCGCAAGACAUGGAAUUCCAGAGGUUGUACGAAGUGACAAUGGCACCCAAUUUUCCCAGGUUGUCGACUCUGAAUACCGUAAAUUUGCAGAAAAGUAUAAAUUUUCAAGUAUAACUUCUAGUCCGAGAUACCCUCAAAGCAAUGGAUUCAUUGAANUGAUGAUUUAG